AUGGCUACAUCAUUCUCAUUCAUUGAUGAUCUUCUUCGAGAUUAUUUUCACUAUCGUAAUUUCACUUCAACAACGCGCUCAUUCGAUAAUGAACUGUCAAAAUUACCGUUUGAACAUUACCGAGCUGAUCAGAUCAUUGAACAAUUAACGCUCGAUAUUCAUCAGUUCGAACUGAACAGUUUGAUCGAUUAUUGGACGCAAAUCGAACAACAUCUUCUGUCAACAUUGAAGAUUAAUCCUUCGCAAUUGUUGAGCGUAUCAACGAAAAUUCGACAUUAUUUGUACAAAUGCUAUCUAAUACAUGCGGUGCAAUCAACACGAACGGAUAAAGUCAAUGAAUUUUUCGAGAAAUUAAACAAAAACCUUCAACAAUCGAGCGAAUGGACUAAAGAGUGGUUUGCGUUACCCUUUAUUUCGAGUCUCGAGGAUAAUGCCACUUUUCGAGUGUAUUUUUCCAAGCAAUGGAAUGAAGUUUUCUGGAUUUCCGUGCAAAAUUUUCUAUCGAUGGCUUUCUUCCAUAUGACGCCAUCUAAGAUCAGUUCCAUGGAAGCGAAACAUUCUUCGCCGACAUCGAUAAAAGAACAAGUGCAGUCGUCCACGCCAACAAUAAUCUCUAAACUACGUCAAAAAUUCUUGCCAGAUACAAAACCCGCUGAUAGUAACUUGACAUCUUCAGUAUCAAAUGCAUCUCAAUCAAUUUUUGUUGAGCCUUAUCAAGAAUCUACGAUAGGAAAUCAAAUACUCUUAACAAAAGAUGAAUCUCCAAGAUCGAAAUCGACAACGAUCAGCUGA